CGAGGCUGUUGUCGAGUUGACACCCUCCCCAAACCUCGGCAGCAGCUAAGCUGCACAGUCGACAUGGCAAGAAAAUAUCGCAACAAUUUCCUAAAGAAAGAUGAAAAUCUUCCAAGUCUUUUGGAAUGAUAUUCAUCAUGAGAUGUGAUCCAAAAUCCACAAUGUGUGAGGACAUUUAAGAACAAUUGAGUUCGGAAGACAAAUUCUUGAUUCCAGUGGAAUCUUCCAUAUAUAUAUAAUUAUUAGAUUUUUUUUCUCUGUGUUAAAGCUUACAUACAAUUACACACUCGUCCGAUCAUCAUAUAACCAUGCCAGUGCAAGCACCACAAUGGACAGAGUUCCUGCUGUGCCCGAUCUGCACACAGACAUUUGAAGAGACUGUUCGCCGGCCCAUCAGCUUGGGCUGUGGACACACUGUCUGCAAGAUGUGCCUCAACAAGUUGCACCGCAAGGCCUGUCCUUUUGACCAGACGGCCAUCAGCACAGACAUCGAGCAGCUACCUGUCAACACGGCCCUGUUGCAGCUUGUGGGAGGCCAGGUUCCUAAGGCUCAACCAGUUGCCUUGAUUACCAGUCCAGAGGACUCGCAGCAUUAUGAGGAGGCCAGACAGUGUGUGGAGGAGCUGGCCCUCUACCUCAAACCCCUCAGCAACACCCGAGGUGUGGGCCUGAGCAGCACGGCCCAGAGCAUGCUAAGUCGACCCAUGCAGAGGAAACUGGUGACACUGGUCCACUGCCAGCUGGUGGAAGAGGAGGGCCGCGUCCGAGCCAUGAGGGCCGCCCGCUCUCUGGGCGAGCGAACCGUCACUGAACUCAUCUUACAGCACCAGAAUCCACAGCAGCUCUCCUCCAACCUGUGGGCCGCUGUGCGCGCACGGGGAUGCCAGUUUCUAGGCCCAGCCAUGCAGGAGGAAGCUCUGAAGUUGGUUCUUCUCGCUCUGGAGGAUGGCUCCGCGCUGUCCAGGAAGGUGUUGGUUCUGUUUGUGGUUCAGAGGCUUGAGCCGCGCUUCCCACAGGCCUCGAAGACCAGCAUUGGCCAUGUGGUGCAGCUGCUCUACAGAGCCUCCUGCUUCAAGGUGACCAAACGGGAUGAAGAUUCGUCCCUGAUGCAGCUGAAAGAGGAAUUCCGCACCUACGAGGCUCUGCGGCGCGAGCAUGACUCUCAGAUAGUUCAGAUAGCCAUGGAGGGUGGACUGCGCAUCGCACCCGACCAGUGGUCCUCUCUGUUAUAUGGAGAUCAAUCUCACAAGUCACAUAUGCAGUCUAUCAUAGAUAAGCUGCAGACUCCGGCGUCUUUUGCUCAGAGUGUCCAGGAGCUGACGAUUGCGUUGCAGAGGACCGGAGACCCAGCCAACCUAAACCGGCUGCGGCCCCACCUGGAGCUGCUGGCCAACAUUGAUCCCAGUCCUGACGCUCCUCCUCCCACGUGGGAGCAGCUGGAGAAGGGGCUGGUAGCAGUGAAAACAGUGGUGCACGGGCUGGUGGACUUCAUCCAAAACCACAGCAAGAAAGGAGCCGACCCUCAACAGCCUCCUCAGCACAGCAAGUACAAGACGUACAUGUGUCGGGACAUGAAGCAGAAGGGAGGCUGUCCUCGUGGAGCCAGCUGCACGUUUGCGCAUUCUCAGGAAGAACUGGAGAAGUAUCGUAAAAUGAAUAAGCGCUUGGCAGCCCGCCUCCCCGGCUCUGGGGGUCUCAUGUCGGAUGAUGGUCUUCCUCUUGACGUCGGAGUGACCCGCAAGCCCUCGCCGCUCACCAACGGUAGCGGCGGGUCCUCCUUGCCCCAGCUUAUUGCCCGCGGCACUGACACGAUCCCGUAUGAACUGUUGCGUAAGCCCAUGAAGAUGGAUGGAGGGAGUCCCAGCGCGCCGGGAUCCCCACCCGAUGGGAUGGACUCUGUGCUGCCCAAGCCUGGUAUGCCACCUCAUGCCAUGGCCCAUUCCAGGAUGCCAGUGGACCACCUCUCUGGGGUGAAGCACAUGCCCGUGGUAGCCAGAGGUUCCCCCGUCUACCCUCAGGCACCGCACCCUGAGAUGUGCUAUGACUCUCGCCCGCCCCCUUCUGCUUCUCAGUAUGACCCCCCCCAGUACCCCACAGGCUACCCUUACCAACAGCCACCGCAGUACGUCCCCCGGGACUACAUGCGCAACCCGCCCCCACCCAGCGAGUCAGGACCCCCUUACCAGGACCCCUAUCCUGGGUAUGGCCCUCCAGAGCGCUCGUACCAGGGGCCUCACUCUGGGCCGCCUUUCUCUUACCCUCACCCUUCACACCAUGACCGAGGUCGCCACGGGAACUACAAUGGCCCGCCGCCUCCCCCGCAGGCGUACCCGUCACAGAGGGAAGGACUGGUCCGGAUGAGUCCCGCUCCUCUUGACAUGCCCCCGCCGUCAGUUGGACAGGCGAACUCCCUUUACCACCAGGAGCCCAGUUCACGUGAUCGAUACCCUCCAGAUGGCUACUAUACGCAGGGGGCCCAGCCUCCACCUAUGAGGGGUUAUGUCAGGGGGCCGUCGUAUAGUGGUUCACAGCCCAGCCUCGACUACCUGCACCGACGCCGGCAGGAGCUGUUAUCACAGCUGGAGGAAAGGAAGGUCAUAUCUCCUCCACCAUUCGCUGCCUCGCCCACUCUCCCUCACACCUUUCCCAGCGACUAUCCUCCAGAGUAUGGCGAGGAGAACCCAAAAACCAUGGUUAAGUGCAGAGAGCCCGACUACGCAGGGCAGUACUCUCCCUGGUCUUGUGAGACCAUUGGCUCCUACAUUGGUACAAAGGAUGCCAAACCCAAAGAUGUUAUGGGACCUGGUAGCAUGGACAUGAUGAAUGCAGAGGCUAAGAGUCUGAGGGAACAAUCACUGGAGGCUCCUCGGAGGGGCACAGAUGUGAAGGACGAUGACCCCAUCAUCCCAUUUGGCCCCCAGCCCACCGUGUCCCGCUUCGGUGCCAUCUCCCGGACGUCCAAGACAGGCUACCAGACCACAGGCCCCGGGCAGGCAAUGGCCUCCCCUCCUCAGAACCAGAGCUCUAAACAUAUGUCUGCUGAGUACGCAUAUGGAAGCCAUGGAGGAUGGGGUGGAGCCUCGUACCCCUCACACCAGACCGCCUCGUCCGCUCAGGGACACUUCAGUGAGCGUAUGCCUAUGGCAGCUCCAGACCGAGAGCAGUUAAAGAUUGAGCUGCAGCAGGUCAACCAGCAGAUCAACCAACAGACGCAGAUGCGAAGCAUGGAGGCUGCCAGUAACUCCUUGCUGCUGCAGAGGGAGGGCAGCGCGAUGGCAGGCCAGGCUGUGCAGGCCGGCCAGGCAGCCGCUCAACAGCAGGCCAAGUGGCCAGCAGUGGGAGCCAACAGCACCACAGUCUCCAGCGAACAGCUGAGCCUGGAGCUCCACCAGGUGGAGAGAGAGAUCGGCAAAAGGAUGGCUUUGGAAAACCAAGUCCCCCAUGAUGUUCAGCAGUAUAAGAUUAAACCUGCAGAGAAUGGACAACCAGAGCAUAAAACUCAGCUAGAAGAGAUCUCCCUGGCUCUUGGCGAGGUGUCGAACGGAUCCAACAGUCUCCAAGAAAGUGCAGUGGGCGGGUCCAUGCUGUCACUGACCAAUAAGACGUCUGCUAUGGGCUUGUGCUCUGAUUCCGGCGCCACUGGUUCAGAAAUGCAGAAGAAUGGCGUCCAUUCCUGCUCAUAGGCGCAGUACACACUCGCACACACACAACCACACAUGCACACACUCAAGAUGCUCAAUUGAAAAGCAUGCACAGGCACCCAUUCUAUUUAGAAGAUGAGCAGUAUCUGCCGUGAUAUGAAUUUUCUUUCUUUUUUGUUCUGUGAAUGAGCUUUUUUUUAAUGACUUUCCUUGCCUGGAAACCAGAGCAUAUGAUAACAUUUCUCGUGUGUGCAUUUUUCUUUCGUCUAUUUUUUUUUUUUUUUACCGGAGUUAAACAUAAACAAAGCUCAUCAUAGAUAUAUCAGGAAGAGAAAAUGGUGGUGAUGUUGACAGUGGUAUUGUAAUUUCAUUCAAAAAAAGGUUAGGCCUAUUCCAUUCUUAAUAAACAGUCAUGUAUUUAAUCGAUCCUCCCCAGGUAGGAUUUGUGUUCAGCUGAAGCAGCAAACCGUGCAGAGGAGCAGGUCCCACACACUCGGAAGAGAAUUAUCUGGCGAUCUGUGAAGGUAUUGUAGGAAUCGGCGGAAACGCGUCACUUGGUACUCAACCCCAGAAUCGUAAAAAAAAAAAAAAAAAAUUUUUAAAAAAGUUGUGUUUGCUCGGAUGGAGACGAUCUGAGGAGGGAAAAGCAGAACAAUAUUCCACCAGUAUUCAGCUGAAACGAAGAAGCGCUGUGGUACAGAAAUCACUUUUUGCGGCACACGCGCGUCUUCGCCUGCCACCAGAAGUAUGAUUUUUAUGAAUGCGUUUUAUGAACACAUCAUGUAUGUUUCAUACUUGAUAGCAGUAUAUUCUAUAUUUAAUUGAGGCAUUCUGUUUUAAAGAGUGCAGCGAGUCUUUUUGAUAAUGAGCUUUCCACUUUUUUUCUAUAUAAGGGAACCUGCUAUGUGCUUCUCUCGGCUGCGGUGUGACCCUGAUGUGGUUUGGUUUGUGACGGCUCUCCGCUGCAUUCAGUCCUUGCUGAUUACGCUGCGGGACCCUUCACAGCGUGCCCCAAAUGACUUCUUUUGGGGGGCGACUGGAGAGACCACCUCUCUGCAUCGGGAGUCGGUCGGCUCAGUGUCUUUAUGAAUUGGGCAAAUUGAGCAGUUCCCUCCUCAGAGCAUCUCGUCGAGCCACACCAAAGGCCUCCCCAUUGGGAUUAUCUUGUCGUUUGUUGUCCUAACUUCUAUGAAGUUGCCUUCCCUUGUGUUCUUUCGUUCGGUUCGUUUUUUAAUUUUUUCAUGCUUUGCUUUGUUACGAUUCGAGGGGGGGGGGCGUGGCUUAAUGCCGUCCGUUGUGAAAUAGUUGAACUCCAAGCAAAACCUAAACUCGCCGUUUGCACUCCUGGUAGCGGUCGUAGCGUUUUAGGCUACGCAAUACAUAAAAAAAAAACCUGUUUACAGUCAACGAUACUGAUAACCAAACGUGCUCCAGCAUCGCAUUGAGUACAUUUAAGCAUUUCUAUCGGCGAGUAUUACAAUAUCAUAUCUACCUUCUCCCACCUGGGUCAUCAUCACCACCAUCACCACUAUUAUUGCUCUGUAUCCACCAUGCAGAUUGUUUACUGCUGAUGCUCGCGUGUCGAGCUCUUUGCCUUCUGUAAACAACGAGCGUGAUUGGCUCCGGCCCCACAGCCGGGUAGAGAAGACUCUCUGGGUCGAGUUGUUUUGGGUUGAACUUUGACCCCUGCUUUUGGUCCUCGGGGAAAAAAAAACGUUGUGACAAAUCCCUCACGAGUGAGUUGAAAACCCGAUGUCGUGUGUCCCUGGCGUGGGCCGUUUGAUAGGAAUCUCUUCCAAUAUGUCAGCGCCAUGAUGCUAGAUGUUUUUGUUUUGUUAUUUUUUAUUUUCCUCCCCCACUUCAAUCAUCUGGCUGCUCCUUGCUACAUUUAUUGUUUAGGUACACAGCUCACUUAUACAUAUGAGUAUGUAUACAUACAUUAAUAUACUAAAGCACUAUUAAUGUGCCACCUCUUAUUUUACUCGCUCAGCAUUUAUAUUAAAUGAUCUCUAUUUAGAAUCAGCAAAAUGUUUUUGUUUCGUCGUUUGAUUUGUUUUCUGUCCAUUGGUUGCCAACACAGACUUUAUCCUUUCCCAGACGAAGGACUUCUGUGCGCGUUCACUUAAUCUUUUGUGUUCAAACAAAGAUGUUCUCUAUAGACUAUGCUUCCGAAGAAGACGACAAAAUUCUGUAACUUUGGAACAUUUGUGGAGAAGUUUUGUGUGUGCUAAGUUGUAUUGUAGAAAAUGUACCCGACGUUUUGGUUUUUUCUCCCACAAGGUGUGCUGUACUGGGUAAUAGUUUUGAGGUAUUAGAAAAGUGUUGGGGGUCCCCCCCCCCCCCACGCAUGUCCCUUAGAGGAUAUUCAGGAAGUCUCUGAGGAGAGGUUGGCCUUAAAUCCUCUUUGCAAUGUCCCUUUACCUUGUCGGCUUUCGGAGCACGAGGUCAUUUCUAAAAUAGUAAAACACACUGAAUUGGACUCUAGUAGAGGCCCCCUCACUUUUUGAAAAUUUGAAUGCAGAACAGCGACAUGCAAAUAAUGAAAAUCUCAAGAUUUGACUGACAGCAAAAUUUACUCUUUUUCUUUUAAGGAAAUGUUGAUCUAGUUCGGUUUGUAGUCCUUUUCUCUUUUGUUUUUUUUGUUCUGUUCCUGCAAUAGUUGAGUGAAUUUACUGACCCUGCAAGUCUUACAGUCUUUAAUGCAUCAUCUGACCUGAUGUGUAGUCAGCAGCUAAGAGAAUCUGAGUGACAUUCACACAAUAGCUUUGUUCCCCUUACACGCAUAUCUACGAGAAAUUGUCCCACCAGCUUUAAUUCUGCUGUUGAAAUGCCGCAAACUGACAACAGGUUGGUGUCGAUUGAUUAUGACGUUCCUCCACCUCUCGAAGUACAAGUCUACCAAAACGAAUGAGGCUGAACCACCUUUAGCUGAGGAGGAGCCACCGCCGUGACUGGUGGGCUGGUUUACUGGAGAGUAAACGGCAAAGAUGUUCAUUGCAAUCUCCUGUGUGUUUUUGUAUCUGAGUGGAACUGCUGCCCCCCCCCUCCUCAUUUACAGAACAAGUUAAGCCCUCCACCCCCCCCCCCCCCCCCCCCCUCUUGACCACUGAACUCUGUUACUGCUGUUUGAGGCUCACAUUUUAUUCCCUGACUUUCUGGGGAAAUUCGCAAAUGGCUAUUUUAUAUGAUUACUCCCUUGUAAAAUAUCUCUUAAAUUAAGGUACAGGUUUGAUUUCAGCAAGAAAAACGUUUUUAUAUGUAUAUUAUACUCCAUUAAGGAAUGUCUAGAAAUAUCUUCCUCCAAUGUGGAUGUAGCCAUUAUUACGCCAUUUUAUGACUUUGUAAGAGAAUUCACUGUGUGAAAAUUGGUUUGCAUUUUUGUAUAAUACAAUCUGCUUUUUUUUUCGUUUGAUACGAGAGGGAGGUCAAACAGGAAGUUUGAAGAGAGAAAAAAAAAAUGAACCUGUGAAAUUGAGAAAACAAAGUAACUUAUGUACAACAGUGAUUCUACGCUGAGGGGAAAUGAUUAAAUGAUAUUGCUAACUGA